CAUAUUUUGGACCGCUAUAUUCAACAGACAGAAACACGUGGGGUCCUUUUCCUCCAUAGGUCUACACAACGUGAGAACCAUGCCGAAGUCAAAGAGAGACAAGAAAGUUUCCCUAACAAAAACAGCCAAGAAGGGUCUGGAAACUAAACAGAACUUAAUAGAAGAGUUGCGGAAAUGUGUGGACAUUUACAAGCAUCUGUUCAUUUUCUCUGUGGCAAACAUGAGGAACAACAAACUGAAAGACAUCAGGACAGCCUGGAAACACAGUCGAUUCUUUUUUGGCAAAAACAAAGUAAUGAUGAUCGCUAUAGGUAAAGGACCAACAAGCGAGUACAAAGACAAUUUGCACAAGGUCAGCCGGUUUCUGAGGGGAGAAGUGGGUGUGUUAUUCACAAAUAAAACCAAGGAAGAGGUACGAGAGUAUUUCAGCCAGUUCAAAGAGGUGGAUUUUGCACGAGCGGGAAACAAGGCAGGGAUGGCCAUAACACUUGAUGAAGGACCCCUGGAACAGUUCCCUCACUCCAUGGAGCCACAGCUGAGACAGUUGGGACUCCCCACAGCACUCAAGAAAGGAGUGGUGACACUACUGAAAGACCAUGCCGUGUGCAAAGAGGGAGACAUACUAACCCCUGAACAGGCCCGUAUUCUGAAACUCUUUGGGAUUGAGAUGGCAGAAUUCAGAGUGCAGAUCAAGUGCAUGUGGAACUCUGAAACGAGCGACUUUGAGAAGCUGGCUGAGGAAGAAGAGGAAGAGGCCAUGCAGGAUAAUGACACAGAGGAGGAAGAAGGGGAUGGUAAAUGAAUCUGGAUAGACCAAUGGACUUCUCAGACCUUAGGAUUUUAAUACUGUGUGACCUGUAUGUUUUAAUGCCUCAACCUUCAAGUGUUUCCUUUUGCUUAUGAAAUGCUAGAUUUCUGAGGCACAAAUUCACUGGUAUGUUACCCAUUGAAUCUUGUGGACAUACAUUUUGUGCUUUAUACAUCUUUUGUCGUCCACUCAAAUACAACAGUACAAACUAAAACAGUUUGCUUGGUUGUGUCUUAUAAAACAUCCUGCAAAAAAAUGUUUAGUGGGAAUUGUUUAUGCACAGUAUAGCUUUAAGUUAGGGACAGCAUUGUAAAAUUGUUAGCCACCUUGUGAUCCUUACAAACGCACCGGCCAUGGCAGAUCAGUGAAGAUAAAAUAUUCCCAUUGUUCUCCAGUUUAUUAGACACAGCCUCCAGAAAAUGUUUUUCCAUAAUUCAUUGAAUUUACAUGAAUUGCUCACCAUUAGAAUAUACAAGAUCAAAGUCACCUGUGCCUUUCCUAGUUUGUUUUAAUGAAUACUUGCAUCAAUGAAUACUUGCAAAAAUCUCACUGUACAAUUAGCCAAUUGUUAUAAGGCAAAUCAAGAAAAAAUGGCGAUGGUUUGUGGAUAAUGUCGAUAUAGUCAAUCAGAUGACCAUGGGUUGUUGAGACAUCUAGCCGAAGUAAUUGGGGCUACCAGGUCCCAGACCUGUUUGAAGGCCUCCACCACCCGCACAUCUAGAGGGCCCUCAGAGGCAAACGGGUUCUGCUGCAGCUGCUCGAUGCUGGACAUUCCAAUGGUGACACUGUAUCCCAAAUCCCUCUGGAACAGUGGCGACAAAACCCAGGUGCAAGAGGACCCAACCAUUGGCACUACAUAUGUCACACUAACUAAACAUUUAUGGUGAUAAUUGUAGAUAGUACUGCUGACAUUGAGUAGCAAUUGUCAUGUUCAUCCUAUUACAUUUAUUUUAAAUGUCAUAAAGUUGGAAUAUGUAGAAAUCCUUCCGUCGUUUGCUGAAAUUCUAAUAGUUAACCUAAUUUCAGUUUGUGACAAAACAAGCAGUCAUUGUGUAGAGAAUCAUUGUACCAUCUAAACCGCUGUGAAAUAUAUUUUCUAUAACCAAACAUUGUGUUUGAAGCUGGUGUACAAAACCGAAAGUAAAACACGAAAAAACUUAAUGGGAAGUAUAGAAAUGGUGCACAUAAAACAGAUUUACUGCUUAGACUUGCUUUCAAUGGGAAUGACAGAUCUAUAGCUUACAUUUCUAUGUGAAUUUGUUUGGGUUGCCCAGAAAGGUACAUAUUGUAGCUUUAAAAUCAAAGUGACUAGCUGAUAGUGGGUUGUCCCUGUUCUUGUUGCAUGUGGCUUGUUACCUUGAGGUGGGAGUGGUGGUACAUCCAGUGUAAAGCAGCAUAUUGUCAUAGUCUGCUUGUCUGAGCCAUACACUGUCUCCAUGGCCUUCUGAACAAGCUCUAUAUCCUGGAAGUGGCAUUCCUUCCAGUACCUGACAUAGAACACAUGAAUCAUCCGAAGGUCAUGUUUUUGUAUCUAGUGUAAAGGUAAUCUCGACAAAUAAUGUUUUCAUUGUGAAUAACGAUGUUUAUCCUAUUAUUACUGUUUAAUGUAUUGUAAUAGUUUAAAAACGUUGUUCUGUAAUCUGAAUGAAGGCAAUGUGGUGAGUGACA